CGAUGCGGAGAACUUCUCGGGGGGCUCCCGGCUGCGAUGGGUUAUCAACCUUUCACAUCGGGUAGCCUCUAACCUCCCACGUUUCCUUCGUUUUUCUUUGAUUUUUCUCUAUGUAUUGGGGCAAUAGAGGGUCGCAAAGCAUAUGAAUGGCGUGCCUGCACAUACACGGAAAGGAAACAAGGCAACAAAAAUGGCGGCGUUAUUUAUCACUUUUUUUCUUUUUUUUUUACCGCGAAGGUCUACAACCCAGGGGCGGAUUUCUCUCUACACGGCGUUGGUUUCUCCACGGUUUCGUACACAUACCCGAAUCCUCGAUUCAAUCAGUACCGAGGGGCAGACGCAUCACUGCGAUUGUUUGUUUAAGAUGAGGAAAAAGGCUAUUUCUGGUCGGAAUGGGAUACAUAUACACGAGGUUUCCCAGAUAGGCUCUCUUUUUGGAAGAAAAACUGGGAUGACGAUUACUGGAAAUGAAGGAGAGUGAUUUAUCAUGGACGGGGGGCGCAUGGGAUUCCAGAUACCAGAGCGCCCGGGGGGUGGUGGACAAUCCUUCUCAUAGACCACUUACAAGAGUGGAUGAGAAAUUGGGAGUUUAUCCCAAUGUCUAUAUCACUUCCAUUGCCUGUCGUC